AGGGAGGCGGGGCGUCAGGAAGAGCAGGGGGCUGAUGUGUCUCUGCAUUCGCCAUGAGGACAGAGGAGAUAUUUUCCAGUGAAGUUAAGGUCAGCACGUAAUGUCUUCAUGUAAUCUAAACGAGUGUGAGGGGGGAAUGGAGGGUUUUUACUGACCAUCUGAUAUGUGCUCAUCCUCUUCAUACCCAAAGGAGGUCCAGAAAACAAACCUCGAACAGCAAGGAUUUCUGUCGCUUUAGGGUUUACUCCAUUUUGUAUCUGAAAACAAACAUUUUGAUGAAGUGUUACUCAGAUUUUGCUUACAUUAAAUGAGUAAAUAGUUGUCCUCUUUACAAGAGAGAUUCAUCAUGGUGUGGGGAUAAAAGGGUCUUCUUUUUUAUGCCAUACUCAUCGGUGUUGAUACCAGAACAAGAGAUGAAACAUGUCCUCACUCACUUUAGCACACAGGUCCUUCAGUCGGCCCUGCAGUUGUCUGUCUUUGACCUGCUGGCUCGACUUCUCCAGCCCUUGAAGCACAGGUUGGUGGUGCUGAGCCCUGAGCGAAUGGUAAACUCUCUGAAACUCCACCUGCUGGCCUGGAGUCCAGAAAUGGGGGAUCAGGAGCUGGCGGGGGAAAAAGUACCUGGCAGUGAACGGAAAGGGAUGGUAGCAGAGAGAGGAGAGACACACAGAGUGAUGGGAAAAUGUGUGUCAGCAGGGACAGGACCAGGAGGAGGAUCCAACACAAUGGAGGACAAAACGUUAUUUUCAGGAUGAUCAUGAAAUUUUGAGUCAAUGAUUCCCAGAUUUCUCCACCGAAUAAAGGUUGAAUGGUGCUGACUGGAAUGGAGAGAUGGUUAUUUUAAAGUAACUUACAUCAACACAAAAACCAGGUAAUUCGCAAAGGGAGGGAUGGAGAUCAGAACCAGCGGAACAGCCUUGAUCAUGUUUCUGCGAAACUGAGAGGAAAAUCAGAAAAUCUACAAUCAGACGAGAAACAUGACAGAUCUGAAUUGAUACACUCAUUAGAGGAAAGAUUUUAACACCCAAAUAUCACAAUAAAAAAUUCAUAUUUCUUUGUUUAUAUUGAUUAAAGUGUAGAACACAUGAUGUCCAGGCCCGAAUUAGAGCCAUACCCAUCACUGUGAGCAGAUAGGGACCUUUUUUGAUUAUCAUACUAAAGCAUGAGUACUCAAAUGUCAUACUAUUAUCGUAGCAUUGCAUUUUGUAAUCCAAUUUUGUCAUUUUCAUUUUAAUUUUGAGCGAAAAUAUCCUCACAAAUUGCUGUAUAUCCCCAUCUGUCAAAGAUUCGAUUAACACACUGCUGCUACAUAUUUUACUUUGAAGUUGAAAUUAUAACAAUCAUCUCACCUUGUUUUAAUAAGUUCUAAUAUAAACGUAAAUGACAAAGUAAAAAGAGCAAAUAUUUCCUAUAGACUCUAAUGGUUCAAAUAGCCUGCACUUUUCUUUUCUGUGUGAAGUGCACUGAAUCAUGGUAAUCACCUGUCGGAGCAUCUCCAUCUCCCUGUAGGGUAGAUCCUUUAACUCUACUCCAGCAGAGGCCAUCUUUGAUUUUAUCGUGUACACAGUUUUGGCAUCCUGGUACAGUAGCUUGAAUCCUGGAAUAAGCCGAUGGGAAAAAACUGUGGUCAUGUUAAUUAACAAUACAACAACAAAUUAACAUAACUGCUUUAUUCAACUAUACAAAGCUUAUGUUUAUGUAAUACAAUCCCUGCCAUAACCUGACAAUUGAGUUUGCCUUAAUGUAGUUGAUAGACUUGGCUUAAUUAAUCCAGCUCUUGAGCAUUAAACUUAACUUUAUAUAGGCAUCCCAGUAAGUUAAGACAGAGUGACCCCUUAAUGUGUGCUAAAUUCAUACAAGUUUGGUGAGUGAUGAGGGGGAUUUCUGCAAAAAAAAAUGCUAAAGAGCAGGGUAUAAUAUAGAUAUUUUAGUAGAAUGGUAAACAAGAUUUCAUAUUAUAUCGUUAUACUUAAUAUAAUCAAGACAGAAAUAAAAUAACAUUAUCUCUAACCCAAACUUAAGCUGUAACAAAACUAUUCUCAGUGUGUAAUGUCUAUUACAGAGCAUGGAGGACCGCAGGGGUUAGUUUUAAGCGAGCUUACCUUCCACAAAUGUGUGAUAGAGCUGAUAGAAGCGAGGAAAUCGCCUCUUGAGAAAAGCUUCAUAUUUGCUGUUGGCUUUCUGGAGCUUGGAGGCAACAUAUCUUCCCACACCUCGUCUGACUUUGGAUGAUGAAUAGUGUCUAAACAGGGGCAGAGGAAGAGGUAAACAUCAGCAGGAAGCAUCAGUAGGAUUUAAAUGAAGUAAAUUUAACACUUUACCACGCCGUACAUAUAUUUUUGUUUUAAAUUACAGCACAUAGUAAUGAAUUUUAAGGUUAGGCGACAAUUAUUAAAUGUAAUAUUGAUAUAAAGCGCACAAAACCAUUUCAAAUUUGUAUAAAUGCGAGCAUUGCAUCAUUAAAAAUGGUUAGGAGUGGCAAGAUAUGCGACCAGCUUACCAAGGGUUCAACACAUACAAGUAAAAUAAAGUGGAUACUCGUGUAUAAAUGAGUCAAAAGGGAUCAUAGACAUACCUAGACUGGCAGGACUUGUACGGGGAAUAGAGACCUUUAUUUAUGAUGUUUGUCCUGAAACCAAACAGUCGGAUCAAAGACAAAUGGCUACACAGGCUCGAACAGGACAGCGCCAUGUUUGACACUGAGAGAGGAAGUGUAGUUACCGUAACGACGCUAAUACACCGCAAGGUGAAAAGAAGUUCUGUUACCGUAAUGUCUAUUGUUUGCGAUAACAAUAAACUGCAAAUCUACAAAUGUAAGCCCCCAAAAAUUUUUUAACUGUUUUGAGUUAAAAAAUUAUCAUUGUUAUUAUUUCUUUAAUUUUCGUUUUUUUUACAUGGGUUCAACCAAAGUUCACGUGAUUUGAAGGGAUUUUAUAAAAUUGACCGAGGGGUGGCGCUCCGGCAUUGCGAAGAGUUUUUUUUGUUGAUGGUCACCAAAGCAUCAACUAUUGGAGAAAAGCCCACAUUUUCGUCCUGCACGAGAGAAAAUAUUCGAGCCAUUCAGCCAGAAUUAGGAGGUUGAGAAGUUUCCAGCCACUGUGAUAAUAAUUUGUUCUUUUCUUUGCUAGCUAAGAGCGCGAAUUAAGUUGUUUGCUAGCGUUGGAAGAGGCCCAGCUCCUGGCACAGUUUUGAGGUAAUGCAUAACGGCUGCUUUUUCUCACCGUUUGUUAUCUAUAGAAUCUUAAAGUGAGAGCUAUUAAUCAAGAACAACUUAACCAUUAUGAAUAAUUUAACAAAGUGGCGCUAUAGAAGUUUCCUGUUACUGUAAUUCUACAGAAGAAUUUCAACCAGCCCAGUACAUGGAAGUUUAAAUGGCGCCAGUGUUAUGGCGAGUUUUGCUCCCUUGUUGAAGAAUGUCAUAGCAGCGAUAAUACAGUCUAUGCGAUAACCAUAGCAGGGGGAGUUGAUGUGUUGCGAUUUAAGUCAACAGUCCUGAACUAUUAAGGUGUGCAUGUUAUGGCAGCCAACUUUGCUUUAAACUUUUAGGAUUAUAAGGAGAGCCUGUCCCGGAGAGCAAUUGAUCUUUUUGCACCAUUUUACUACAUAUAUCUUUGUUGAAGGUAAGUGCUUGCAGAUGUUAUCUAGAUAAGCUCAUCAGUGAUGCAUAAUUUGACACACCUGUUCAUUUCCCUGCAGAGUAAAGUAGAAUCUUUUGGUUGGUUGCAAUGGUUAGGCAUUUUUAUGUGGAUGUGCAUCUAGCAAACUGUUAGUGGUAGUUGCAUUUGUUGUCUGUUUAUCAUUUGGUGAGUUCAUUUAAUUAAUCUCUGAUCUUUGCAGUUAUCCCAUCAAUCCAAGAGAUGUCAGAGACAUUUCGGUUUGGGUCUACUACUGAUCCUUGCAGGAUCUCUGCUUCAGAGAGGGCGCAGUGUGCUGAUGAAUUCGGUAAUGUAUGUGCACAUACGUAUUCUGCUUUAUUAUGUAUUGCAGAUAGUAAUUUUUGUUCCUUUGUCUUCAAGAUGACAGGAGAAACAUCGAUCCAGAAAGACUCGUUCAGUGCCCAUUUGAUAAAAACCACCAGAUCCGGGUCUGCCGUUUCCCAUACCAUCUGAUCAAAUGUAGAAAGGUUAGUCGUACACUAUUUUAGUUCAAAUAAAAUUAGCUUAAAUAAGAAAGAAGAACUUCCACUCCAGGAGACGUGCUACUCCUUUUUUAUAUAUAUAUAUAUAUAUAUAUUUUUUUGUACUAACUGAGUUGAGACUUCCAGACAUUACCUGCUUCUUAGUUUCCUUCUGCUCCUGCAGUAUAAACAUGCUCUUAGCUUGACUGUUACCUCUCUCUGUCGUGUAGAACCACCCCAAGCUGGCCAAGGAACUUAAAACUUGUCCUUACAACGCGAGCCACCUGGUUCCCAAGCAUGAGCUGAUGUACCAUACAGAAACCUGUGAGGACAGAGUACCUGUGCACACUGAAAAGUUUGAAAACGGUAAGUUUUUCUACCCAGUCUCUUUCUCAACACCACAGAUUUUAUGUGCUCAGUGUUUUAGUUGGAUUAUGCUCUUUUACAUGUGAAGGCACAAAUGGAUAUCAUCAGCGGCAGGUCCCUGUGAGCACCUGGGUGAACCCAAACAUGACAGAGGAUUGGGAUCGAGGUAUUGCCAUUACUAUGCCUCUCAUGUAUUUACAAUCUUUACAUCACAGAUUGAACAAACAUUGUAGAAAAUGUUAUUUUGUGAAUGUUAAUUUAUUUAUAUGUUUAUAUGUUCAUUUUUGUUGUAAAUCAUAAAAAAAUAGACGUCUUCUGCGACAUUUAUUCUUUAUCAGGCUUUGUAUCUUCUGCAUAUUUAACUUGCAGAUAAUUAAGUGUUGUUAAUAUUAAUAGUUAAGUCUCCACAGGAAAAUGUCAUGACUAAAGUCAUAACUGGUGCUAACAUAAAGUAUCAAGUCUACAAUAGUUAUAUUACCAAGAGCCUUUCUCCUUUCUUGAGCACACAGAAUUUCAGUGGAGUUUGUAAGUAAGAAACAUGUUUUAUCUGUUUUGCAGAAGUUGAUGAUAAUGCUGUUCCGUUUGUGUGGGGUGUAAAUAGCGCCUUGGAACUGAAGUAAGUUGCCCACUCAGAGUUUUUCAGCUCUUGAAGAUUUUGUUUCAUUCAUUUCAAACUUGCCUUUUGUCCUGUUGCUUUGCAGAACGCAGACCAGACCCUCCAACAACCUUGGCCAGAGUGUGAGAACACCAAACACGCUCCCGUGGUAGUCGAGCUUUACUGUGAAUUCUCGACUUUCUGUCCACAUAAUGUGGGCUUAGUGUUUGUUCUUAAAGGUUGUUUUACAAGUUAUUCAAGUUUUAAAUUCACAGCUUGAUUUGCAUUUUCAUGUUGACAGCUUAUAAUCACUUGGCGUGGCAGCUAAGAUAAUUCAUGGUUACAGUGGCAGGUGGCUGUUUUUUUGUUUGUUUUGCUAUUUGCAUUACAUUUGGAUGAGUGACCACUGUAUUGGUUGUACACUGCAUGUUUCUUGUAUUUAGGGUGUGAAAUAUAAGUACAUUUUGUUAAGCAUGCAAGUGUGUGAGUGAUUGAAUAACUCAAUUUCAGUUUUAACCCACUUUAAUGGAACAUUUCUAAUUUUAUAUUGCACAAAAUGCACAAGAGUGGUGUCUGAGAAAAAAAGCUUGUAGCAGCUGACAUUUUGUUAAAAAAGGUUUGCAGGUUCAAGAAUUUUUAUUAAACCUUUUUUAUGGGAG